CCAUUAUAUCUUGCUGUGUCCCCCCACUCUUUCCUCUUCCUCUUCUCAACAAAACAAAACUAAACCUUCCUCUCUUCUUCCUUCCAUUUCCAUGGCGUUCUGAGUGAGACCCAGAGAGAAGAGAAAAGCGAAAAUGGCGAUGGAGUUGAUGAGCUUGCCGAAAAUGGAGGAACAGAAGGCAAUUCAAGAAGCAGCCAUGGAGGGUCUCAAGGGAAUGGAAAACUUCAUUCAUCUUCUCUCCAACCAACCCUCUCAUCUCAACACUCACCUCACCCAAGCAACCGUUUCAAACUUCAAAAAGCUCAUCUCUUUGCUCAACCGAACCGGCCACGCCCGUUUCCGUCGCGCGCCUCUCCCUUCAAAUAACCAACCCACUCCACCGGCUAACCCGGUCACCGUCCACCAACCUCCCACCACCUUCGCCCCCACCCACUCGCACACUCUCACUCUCGAUUUCACCAAACCUAACAUCUUCGCCGCCACCAACAAUAAGUCCUUGGAUCUCGAAUUCUCCAAAGAAACCUUCAGCGUCUCCUCCAACUCCUCCUCCUUCAUCUCCUCCGCCAUCACCGCCGACGGCAGCGUCUCCAACGGCAACCAAGCCUCCUCUCUCUUCCUCACCUCGCCUCCGCCGCCUUCUUCCUCCGGGAAACCGCCUCUCGUCAAGAAGCGGUGCCACGACCACUCCGACGACGUCUCCGGCUCCACCAAGUGCCACUGCAUUAAGAGAAGGAAGAAUCGGGUGAAGAAGACGGUGAGAGUGCCGGCGAUAAGUACGAAAAUCGCCGAUAUUCCGUCGGACGAGUUCUCGUGGAGGAAGUACGGGCAGAAGCCGAUCAAGGGAUCACCGUAUCCGAGGGGUUAUUACAAGUGCAGUACGGUGAGAGGAUGUCCGGCGAGGAAACACGUGGAACGUGCUUCGGACGAUCCGACGAUGUUGGUUGUGACGUACGAGGGGGAGCACCGUCACUCCAUUCAGACAGCGUUGCAGGAGAACAUUUCCGGCGCCGUGGGUUUGGUUUUUCAGUCAACAUAGUAGGGUGGUGGAAUUAAAAGUUUCUUUUUUUAGUUGAAUAGGAAUUGAAUUAGGUGGUGGGUGGAAUGUAAAUGUAAAUCUGUCAUCCUUCAAAAUAUUAAUAUUUUCCUCUGCUAUAUUUAUUAAUUUCGCAUCUAUCUUUUAAAAA